AAAUAUUGUACGUCAUGCUAAUGCACGUGUUAUAUCAUCCAUUAGUAAAAUUGAAAUUCAAUUACUACAAUUAUUUGGCGAUGCUCUCAACGUUCCUGAAUGUCAAGAUGUCUGUGUAACCACAAUGCAUCCCAUUAUUCAAGAAUUAAUGCCAAUUGGUACUGAAGAUGACUCUGAAGACAUAGACGAAGAGUCGCCGUCUUGA